AUGCUUUUUUUACAUGUUGUUUUGUAUACAAUAUCACAAAAUGUUUCUCAUAAAACUACUCUAACAAAUGAUCAAUCAUCUCCUACAUGUUACUUAAAAAUCAUUAACCCUCGCCCUGGAGAUCGUUUUAGUCCAGGUGAUGAAAUUAACGUGAAGUGGGAUUUAAUUGGCCUUAAAUGUCGAAAUUCAACGGAUGGUUUGAAUUUAUAUCAAGAAACAAAUACCAACAUUACCUUAUUUACAUAUCCUGUACAAAUAAUACUUUCACCGAAUAUUCGUCAUUCAAGUUUAUUUUUCUUGGAUAUUGAAUUAACCUUUACAAAAAUUCCUCCAAGAUUAAUAUUUGACGUUAUGGGACCAUUCACAAUAUUACCUCUUCCAGAAUCACAGCUGUCUAAUGAAACCGAUACACGUACUGAUAAUGGCCAAAAUGUACAAGAAGUUAAAGGAAAUUUGUCUAUGGCUUCUAAAGCAAUCAGAAUAAGUUGGAUAAAUAUAAUUUUCAAUUAUAUUUACACAAUAAUGAACGUAUAG